GGGAUGGUUUGCAGGGCUUCCAGACGCCUAUCGCUGACGACAGCUUCAUUGUCGAUGGCGUGGGUGCCUAUGGGACGAUGCACUCAGAGCGGGGACUCACUUAUUACGAAGUAGCUUUGAGUGGACACAUGUGAGUUCACUGCAAUAUUGAAUACCCAGGGUCUCGUUUCUAAUGUUCUGUAGGAUUCCGCAGUUUGCGCCAGUAGUAAGUUGAUGUCGCUGAUGUGCAGGUGCGGUCUAACAGAAACCAAUGAUUUCAGGCCGCCUUCCAGAUUAUGCAGUACCUGAUGGGCUUUAGGGACACGCCAUAGAUACAUACUUCCUUCCCUUCUAUACCAUGAAAUGUCGCGGGCAGAGUUGAGUUGCACCAUCUUGCCGGCCCUGAAUUAAAGUCACGCGUGAGACUAUCGUGUUUGCCCCUGUCACGAGAGCUCAAGCGCUUACGCUCGUUCUUGUAUCACAUCCCGAUAGCACAGUUUUUUUUCUCUGCUGAAUAAUGCCUGCCAUCAGGACACAGUCGCGUUCAACGAAGGCUGCCAUUGAUGAACAUAAGACAGCAACCACAAGGGAUUCCAUACUAGUCGUGGAGGAAAUGCAGGACCUGGCAGACUGCAAGAUGAAUUACCCCUUGAGUGAAAAAGAUCGGAACACUUUCAAGACGCACGACGGCAAGCGCGUCACUCCGCAUCAGUGGGCAGUAUACGAUUUCACUAGAACAAUUCCUUGUGGUCGUGUCACGACGUACAAAGACAUCUGCGUCGCCCUCGGGCAAGGUUCACCGCGAUCAGUUGGUUCUGCGCUUCGAAACAAUCCAUUUGCACCGUUCGUGCCUUGCCACCGCAUCAUCGCGUCAAAUCUGUACAUUGGUGGAUUCUUCGGUGAGUGGGGCACUGGCGCAAACGCAAGGGGUGGACAGAAGAAUACUGGGUUGCAGUGCAAUAGAAAGAUGGAGAUGCUUGCAAAGGAGGGAGUUACGUUCUCUGUGGAAGGAUAUCUUGCUGACGAAUCUCUGCUCUUGAUCGGGAGAGACUGAACUGACCUCAUUGGCUGUCAUGUAGGGACUUAGUCCAAUUUGCGUGUAUAAUCACUAUAGACAGACCUGUGUGUAUGAAAUGCAUACACUGGGCUCUUCUUGUUGUAUAGGCAAAAUGCUACUAAAGGACCCGGAGCUCGAAGGUCCAAAG